AUUAACAUAAUCCCACCUUCUUGACUCUGGAUCCGCCUCCUUGCCUUUUCUUCCCCCUGCACUGCUUACAGAAGUCCUUCGCCGGUGUGAGUGGAGAGAGUUGCAGCUGCCUAAAACAACCCUUUUCAGCUUUUAAGACCUCGAAAUAAAUCAGCCCUCAGAAUGUCUGCUGGAAAUGCUAAGAUCGGCCAGCCUGCUCCUCAGUUUAAGGCCACAGCAGUGGUGAACGGCGAGUUUAAAGACAUCCAGCUGUCCGACUACAGAGGAAAGUACGUGGUGUUGUUCUUCUACCCCCUGGACUUCACCUUCGUGUGCCCCACUGAGAUCAUCGCCUUCAGUGAGAGUGCUGACAAAUUCAGUGACAUUAAAUGCCAGGUCAUCGCUGCCUCCACCGACUCCCACUUCAGCCACCUGGCAUGGAUCAACACCCCAAGGAAACAGGGUGGUCUGGGCCCCAUGAACAUUCCUCUGGUGGCUGAUCUGACCCAGUCCAUCUCCCGUGACUACGGCGUGUUGAAGGAGGACGAGGGCAUCGCCUUCAGAGGGCUGUUUGUGAUCGACGAUAAGGGCAUCCUGCGACAGAUCACCAUUAAUGACCUGCCGGUGGGCCGCUCAGUGGACGAGACCCUCAGGCUGGUCAAGGCCUUCCAGUACACCGACAAGCAUGGAGAAGUCUGCCCUGCUAACUGGGAGCCUGGGAAGGACACCAUCAUCCCUGGUGUUCAGGAGAGCAAGAAGUACUUCUCCAAGCAGUAACUCUGACUAACACAGAGUAGUCCUGGAGCCCCAGAUACUCCGAUACAGAGGGGCACUACUGAAGCACUUAACGCUAGUCACUGAGCUCUUGUUAAUCUUGGUCACCCUGGUGUCCUUUUUCUGCUGUUUACGAGCCUCAGACAGAGAUUCCCAACAUUAACACUUCCCCUGCUCCCUGUACCUCCUCUGAUGAUGCUGUCUGUGAGUCGGUAGUCCCGUGCACUGACAUUUUGCCUAGUUUUUGUUCCAUUUUCAGUCUUUCUGUUGAACGUUUGGGGAAGGAUUUUGUACUUUUUGACCAUUUAAAACUUACCAUCUGAAGGUGUUAACAUUCUGACGUUGUCAAAUAAAGAAAAUUAAGAAAACACACAAA